CCUUAGAAAUGAGCGCGUGGCCUUCUAGGUUUUUACUGAUCAGCUAAAAGUUCUCCCACCUCGUCUCACUCGCGAUCGUCAUAUUCUCCUUCCUCUUGCAAUGGGUUCCGAAGGCAACAAGGUGAAGCUUGGAAUCAAUGGAUUUGGCCGGAUUGGCAGGCUUGUGGCCCGCGUCGCGCUCUUUCGCGACGACAUCGAGCUCGUGGCAGUCAACGAUCCAUUCAUCAGCACGGAUUACAUGGCCUACAUGUUUAAGUAUGAUAGCGUCCAUGGAAAGUGGAAGAGGGAGGAUGUGGAGGUCAAGGACUCCGAGACGCUCUCCUUUGGCGGCAAGCCCGUGAAGGCUUUUGCUUGCAAGGAUCCCGCAGAUAUUCCAUGGGGGAAAUUGGGUGCCGACUUCGUGGUGGAAUCCACUGGCGUGUUCACUGAGAAGGAAAAGGCCUCGGCCCAUCUCAAGGGUGGAGCGAAGAAAGUGGUGAUCUCCGCUCCUAGCAAGGAUGCGCCAAUGUUCGUCGUGGGUGUGAACGAGAGCGAAUACAAAGACGAUAUGGACAUCGUUUCCAACGCGAGUUGCACUACCAAUUGUCUUGCACCUCUUGCGAAGGUCAUCCAUGACAAGUUCGGCAUCGUGGAGGGCCUCAUGACCACUGUGCACUCGCUAACUGCAACCCAAAAGACUGUUGAUGGGCCAUCGUCCAAGGAUUGGCGUGGUGGAAGGGGUGCUGGCUUCAACAUCAUCCCGAGCUCAACCGGAGCUGCCAAGGCCGUGGGCAAGGUUUUGCCUGCUCUGAAUGGAAAGCUCACUGGAAUGGCCUUCCGGGUCCCAACCCCAGACGUUUCCGUCGUGGAUCUUACUGUCCGCUUGGAGAAGGGCGCCUCUUACGAGGAGAUCAAGCAGGCAAUGAAGGCCGAGUCUGAGGGGAAUCUCAAGGGCAUUCUCGGCUACACGGAGGAGGCUCUAGUGUCGACCGAUUUCAUUGGUGACAGCCGGUCGAGCAUCUUCGACGCCAGCGCUGGAAUCGCCUUGAACGACCACUUUUUAAAGGUGGUUGCGUGGUAUGACAACGAAUGGGGCUACAGCAACCGUGUCGUCGAUCUUGUACUCCAUAUGGCCAAAGCUAUGGCCAAAGCUACUUAACUUCGGAUUCUGUGCGUAGAAGUUUAGAGAUGCAAUAAAACCGAUUCAUUUCUUUUCUA